CGGCGGCGCUUAGCGAAGAUGGAACGGACGAUCGCGAUCCCGCAAGGGUGGGGCAAUUCGACGGCACGCCGGGAGGAGUGGAGCAGGUGCGUCGCACGCUACGCGGCUCUUUGCUCCAAGCCUGGGAUGUGCGUGGGCGACGGCGACGAAGACCUGCCGGGCAAGUCGACGCCGACGAGCUCGGGCGCACUCGACCACCUCGCCUCCAUCGCGACGGAGGAGCUCCUGCGGCGCAGGAGCAAGCGCAAGCGCAGCAUCAUCGACCGCCCGCUCGGCGAGGCUCCUGUGCCGGUCGUGGAGCGUGUGCUCAACCACUGGCUGACCGGCCUGUUCCGGACCGCGAGCGGCGAGACGAUGGCGGAGUGCCUGUUCGCGCCCGACGCCUUCGUCUCCAUCGAGCUCUCUAUCGAGGGAGCGGCCACGCCGGCCUCCUUGCCGAGGUUCCAAAUCCCGAGCAUCAAGUACUUUCUCAUGUGGGACCGCGCCAUCUUCUCCAAGUACAACACGAGCGCGUACCACAUCGACUACGUGCUCGAGAACCUCGACGGCUCGGUCGCGGUCCAGAUCCGCCACACUCCGACCCUGCUCAACGGCGAGCAGCCCACGGGCGGCCAGGAGGUGAUCAUGCACCAGCUCUGGGAGGUCACCGGCGGCGGCCGCGUCCGCUCCUUCCAGCGCUUCUGUGCGGCCUCGCCGACGUCCUGCGCGUCGGCCUGCGCGUGUCAGUCGUCGUCGUCCUGCGCGUGGGUCUCGCCCCUCUCCCGCCGCGCGCUCGAGAGGGUGCGCGGCUCCUUCGGCGAGGACGCGCCGCUGGCGAGGGCGUCGUGGUCGGCCGAGGAGGGUGACGGCGGGGCGGGCGGCGGCGGCGUGGGCGGUGGGCCGGGUGGAGGUACGGGGGGAGACCCGUGAGUGAGAGAUCUCGUGACCCGAGGAGCGUGGCGAGCGGGCCCCAGCACUCUGAAGCGCGAACCAACGAGGUCGGUCGGCCAGCCCCGAGGAACUCAAAUCCCCGACGUACCCCUUCCCCGCCCCCUGCCCCGCCCGCCGUAUAUCGUACAUAUACACACGCAUAUUGCUCGCCAUGUCUGGGUGGGUCCGCUCCUCUCGCUCGGCUCGCGCUUGUGUCUCUUUCGCGUUCCGAAUGAAUGUCACAUCUGCCCGCUCCCUGUACUGUCCCGAAAUGUGCGCUCUCGAAAGAAAAAACGGUGUUUCCAUAGCUGUGUGUGUACAUGUAUCGCGCGCCCUCGUGACGUCCGGUCGGACCGACGGUCGUGUGCCGUAGCACCACGUGGGCCACGUCCGUCGUCCCUUGGGCGUUUGGGGGCGCGCACUUGUGGACUUGAGGAAUGAGUCAGAGGAGC